UUAGAAGAAAGGGUGAAAUUCAUGAAAGAAUCUCUUUCAAAAAGCCAAACAAUUACAGAUAACAUGGUUUCUAUUUUGGGUUCUUUCGAUCAUCGCUUAUCUUCCCUCGAAACUGCUAUGCGCCCUACUCAGAUUCGAACACAUUCCAUUCGAAGGGCGCAUGAAAAUAUUGACAAGACUUUGAAUGCUACUGAGUUAGUCGUGGCUCAAUUUGAUCUCGCUCGCAAGGCUGAGGCGAAAAUAUUAAGAGGACCUCAUGAAGAUUUGGAAAGUUACCUUGAAGCAAUUGAUCAGUUGAAAACAGUCCUUAUUUUUUUCAGUAGCAACAAAAGUUUCAAGAGUAAUGAUGAUGCUCUUAACCGCGUUAACAACUUACUUUCUAAGGCCAUUUCUAAACUAGAAGACGAGUUUAAGCAAAUUCUAAUGUCUAACAGCAAGCCUGUAGAACCAGAUUGUCUUUUCGACUGCCUUCCAAGCUCAUUACGGCCCAACUCAACAUCAGCUUCUGGUGAACAGAGUAAUAAAAGCACGGGAAAUGCAGGUUAUAAGUCUCUUGAUCUUAUUCCACCUCGAGUUUUGCCACUGCUCCGUGAGUUGGCCAAUCAAAUGAUUCAAGCAGGCUACCAACAACAAAUUCUCAGCAUUUAUCGGGAAACACGUUCAUCUGUAAUGGAAAUAACAUUCAGAAAACUCGGGGUGGAGAGACUUACCAAAGAAGAUGUACAAAAGAUGCAGUGGGAGGCUUUGGAGGCAAAGAUUGGGAAUUGGAUACAUGUCAUGCGAAUAGCUGUUAAAUUGUUGUUUUCUGGGGAGAAGAAAGUUUGUGAUGAGAUAUUUAAAGCUAUCGAAUCUAUCAGAAUAUUAUGCUUUGCUGAAGUGACUUCAGGAUGUGUGUCCUCGCUCCUUAGUUUUGGUGAUGCAAUUGCUAGAAGUAAGAGGUCACCCGAAAAAUUAUUUGUUUUGUUGGACAUGUAUGAGAUAAUGAGAGAACUUCAGCCUGAGAUAGAAACUAUUUUUGAGGGCAAGCCUUGUAUUGAAAUGAGGGAAUCCGCAACAAGCUUGACAAAACGUCUGGCACAGACAGCCCAUGAGACAUUUGGCGAUUUUGAAGAUGCAGUCGAGAAGGAUGCCACAAAAACAACUGUGAUGGAUGGAACAGUGCAUCCACUGACUAGCUAUGUGAUUAACUAUGUCAAGUUUUUGUUCGAUUAUCGGUCCACUCUGAAGCAACUUUUCCAGGAAGUCAGUGGGGAUAAUACAGGAGCGCAGUUAGCUGCAAUCACAACUCGAAUAAUGCAAGCACUCCAGACUAACCUGGAUGGCAAAUCCAAGCAGUAUAAAGAUACUGCUUUGACUCAGCUAUUUCUUAUGAACAACAUUCAUUACAUUGUUAGAUCAGUUAGGAGGUCUGAAGCAAAAGACCUACUAGGAGAUGAUUGGGUUCAACGACAUCGUAGGAUUGUCCAACAACAUGCUAAUCAAUACAAGAGGAUUUCCUGGUCUAAAAUCCUUCAAUUUCUCUCAGUCCAACCAGCAGGUUCCGCUAGUGGUGGUGGUAGUACGCCUGAUGCCACACCGACACUUUCAAGGUCUAUGGUAAAGGAGAGAUUCAAGAACUUCAACAUUCAAUUCGAGGAGCUUCAUCAAAGACAAUCUCAAUGGACAGUUCCUGACAGCGAGUUGCGCGAGUCUCUGAGAUUGGCUAUAGCAGAGGUCUUAUUGCCUGCUUAUCGAAAUUUUUUCAAACGCUAUGGGCCUAUGAUAGAAAGUGGAAAAAACCCUCAAAAGUAUAUCAGAUUCAGUGCAGAAGAUCUUGAUCGUAUGCUAAACGAGUUUUUCGAGGGCAAGAACUGGGGUGAACAAAAACGAUAGGUGCUUAUUACAACUGAAUUGACUAGCUUUGUAUAUUGUAUUAUCGAACAACAUAAAUCUAACAUUAUGGUGAGACUUAUAGAACAUAUUUCUCGAUUUAACAUAAUUGUUAAACUAUAUGAAGGUUGGCACAUUU